AUGAAGGUAAUUGUCUCUCAUUGCCCAAUACCUGAGUAUGGUAACAAUGCUGAUAAUAAUGUUUUGGAAUCAUGUAAUGUAGUUGAUAUCACUCACAAUGAAAUUGAACCAUCUAAUGAAAUUGAAAACAACAACGAUGAAUUAGAUGAUACUGCUUACAAUGACAGUGAAUUGUCUGAUAUAACUGACAAUAAAUUGAAUCUUCCUAGAAAAUCAUCAAGGAUGAAAUAA